GGAAGGAUUUGAUCCAAUUCGAAAUUCCAAUCAAUUGCUAUAAAAGCGCCGUGAUAGUCAAAUUGUAAUCAGUACGAACUAACUGUUCAAUCAACACAACCACUCCAUUAUCAACAAACCAACAAAACAAUCCAAACCUAAUAUGGCAUUCAAGUUUGUUGCUUUCUUUGCUUGCAUCGCUGCUGCUAGCGCUGGACUUAUUCCCGCUGCGGCUCCACUUGCUGCUGUUGCACAACCACUCUUGGCUAGGGCUGAGCCCUACGAUGCAUACCCACAAUACAGCUAUGGAUACGAUGUGCAGGAUGCUCUCUCUGGCGACAGCAAGAACCAGUUCGAGAACCGUGAAGGUGAUGUUGUUCGUGGUCAAUACUCGUUGAACGAUGCCGAUGGUUACAGGCGUAUUGUGGACUAUUCUGCUGAUUCAAUCAAUGGAUUCAAUGCUGUUGUCCGUCGUGAACCUCUUGGUGUUGCUGUUGCUGCUGCCCCAGCUUUGAUCAAAGCCGCUCCAGCUCCUCUUGCCGUUGCUGCCGCUCCUGCUUUGUUGAAGGCCGCCCCAGCUCCAUUUGCCUAUGCUGCCGCUCCUGCUUUGUUGAAGGCUGCUCCAUCUCCAUUGGCAUACGCUCCCGGUCCAGCAGUAUACGCUUCAGGACCAGCGAUAGUGAAGACAAGCUUUGCGUCACCACUCAUCUCGUACGCUUACUAAAUUUGUCAAAUGCCUUUAGUCUGAUUUUAUUGAUAAUGGAAAAUAAAUUAAUUAUGUAACUUAAA